AUGAAAUUCAUUACUGCUCUCUUCUCCUCACUUGUUGCUGCAACUGCUGUCGCCGUAUCCAUCAAUCCCCAAAAUACCCAUCGUUUACAAAAGCGCGGUAACAAUGGAAAUAUAGGGUCUGAAAAUAUAAACAUUUUUGGUAUCAGCAAUACUGGUGGCGCGGGCAGUGUAAAGCGUAAUGGCUCCGGCAAGAACAAUGCCAAUCGUGCUGGAAAGCGUGGACGCAAAUCUGGCGGAAGACGACAAAGGAAGCGUAAAGGUCGAAAGAAUGGCAAAUCUAAAUCAACUGGAACUGGAGCCGGUGGUUCAACUGAAACUGGAACUGGUAGUCCAACUGGAACCGAGACUGGAACCGGAACUGGUGGUUCAACUGGAACCGAGACUGGAACUGGUAGCCCAACUGAAACCGAGACUGGUGGUUCAACUGGUGGUUCAACUGAUACUGGAACUGGAACCGGAACCGGAACUGGUGGUUCAACAGAUACCGGAGCCGGUGGUUCAACUGGAACCGGAGCUGGAACUGAAACUGGUGGUUCAACUGGAACCGAGACUGGAACUGGUGGUUCAACUGGAACCGAGACUGGAACUGGUGGUUCAACUGGAACCGAGACUGGAACUGGUAGCCCAACUGAAACCGAGACUGGUGGUUCAACAGAUACCGGAGCCGGUGGUUCAACUGGAACCGGAGCUGGAACUGAAACUGGUGGUUCAACUGGAACCGAGACUGGAACCGGAACUGGUGGUUCAACUGAUACCGGAGCCGGUGGUUCAACUGGAACCGAGACUGGAACUGGAACUGGUAGCUCAACUGAUACCGGAGCUGGUGGUUCAACUGGAACCGGAGCUGGAACUGGAACUGGUGGUUCAACCCGAUCUAAAACUGGCGGUUCAACCCGAUCUAGAUCUAAGUCUGGUGGUUCAACCCGAUCUAGAUCUAGAUCUGGAAAAUCAUCCGUAUAG